GCCAACAGUCUUAGCCUGUUCUAUAUUUCACUUGUCACUACACGGUUUACUUCUCCAACAUCUACCACACCACACUCCAUACCACAACUUUAUCAAUGGUGAUUUGAGCUAACUGCAAUAAUGGCUUCUUCAAUGUUAUAUGGAGCUGAGAAUCUUGCAAUAAUAAGAGGAAGAGUAGGCCCAAAUGGGUUAGGGUCUAAUGGGUCAGAUUUGUGUGGUAGAAAGUUUUCCCCCAAAAUCAAUUUGGUUUGUCGGAAUCCGAUACUGAAAGGUGGAAGUAGAGCCUUGAUUGUGCCUAAGUGUAGUAUGUCUGUACCAAGGCCAGCUUCACAGCCUAGGUUCAUACAACACAAAAAAGAGGCAUUUUGGUUUUAUAGGUUUUUGUCGAUUGUGUAUGAUCAUGUGAUAAACCCGGGUCAUUGGACCGAAGAUAUGAGAGAUGAAGCAUUGGAACCGGCUGAUCUUUAUAGCCCGCAUAUGGUGGUGGUGGAUGUUGGUGGUGGUACAGGGUUCACUACUUUAGGUAUUGUGAAACAUGUUCAUGCUAAGAAUGUUACGAUUUUGGAUCAAUCGCCACAUCAGCUUGCGAAAGCGAAGCAAAAGGAACCGUUGAAAGAAUGCAAGUUCAUUGAGGGUGAUGCUGAGGAUCUUCCUUUUAAAACUGAUUAUGCUGAUCGAUAUAUAUCUGCUGGAAGCAUUGAGUACUGGCCGGACCCGCAACGAGGCAUUAAAGAAGCAUACAGGGUCCUAAAGAUAGGAGGGAAGGCAUGUUUAAUCGGGCCUGUGUAUCCGACAUAUUGGUUAUCUCGUUUCUUUGCAGACAUGUGGAUGCUCUUUCCAAAGGAGGAAGAGUACAUUGAGUGGUUUGAAAAGGCUGGAUUCAAAGAUGUCAAGAUCAAAAGAAUUGGCCCAAAAUGGUAUCGUGGGGUGCGUCGCCAUGGUUUGAUCAUGGGCUGCUCUGUUACUGGAGUGAAACCUGCAUCAGGGGAUUCACCAUUGCAGCUUGGUCCCAAAGUAGAGGAUAUUGAGAAGCCAGUGAACCCAUUCGUGUUCCUUGCACGUUUUCUCAUCGGUGCACUGGCUGGAGUUUACUACGUCCUGGUUCCUGUUUACAUGUGGCUCAAGGACCAAAUAGUUCCAAAAGGUCAACCGAUCUGAGAGAUGGUUACAGUUUUUCUUUAAUAGUUUGUAACGGAUGAUGUGUCCUUUUGAUUUCAACAAUGGUGUGUGAACACUUGUUAGAAUUCAAUAAUUUCUUUUUUGAAGUA